AUGGGGAAGGAUUCGGUGCGCGAAAAGGACACCACCAGAAGGACGGGCCGUCCGGUCAGUGCAUCACCGUACUCGGAAAACUAUCGACCACCGAUCGACCUCUGCCAGCGUCAUCUGAUCAACCAUCGGCUGAUGGUGUCGAAGCUGACGCGCCGCGAGCUGGAGGACAAGUAUCUCAGCCUGUGUGACGAAAACUACACCAUCAAGAAGCGGUUCCUCGAGCAGGAGGAACUGAUAAAGCGGCUGAAAACGAAGCUGGCACGCCUGUCGAACGAGAGCAAUAAUCGAUCGAAAUCGCGCCUCGACAUGAACUCCAGCGAACACUACAGCAGACUGCACGAUCUGGAACUGCAACGGCGAGAACUGCACGAAAAGCUGGAAGCACUGCGCCGUGCAACGUCCACCGAUGUGCGGCGGCUGGAAAAUGUCGGCAAGGUCAACAGCGCUGGUCCCGCUAGGACAAGUGCCGGGAGCCAACGUCGCUCGAAGAGUGCCCGUCCGGCGAAGGAUCCGGAUGCGGGUCGCCGAGAGUGCAAGUCUUCGUCACCCUCGAAUGAUGGGUACGACGAGGAGGACGAUCAUCACCAUCGGUCAGUCGGUAUGGGAGUCGGGCGCGCCAGUACGGACGAUCCAACGGAGGACGACGAUGAGCACAGUGCUGGUAGAAUGGCGCAUCGGAACAAUCACCGGAAGUCAUACGGUGCGGACGAUGAAGAUGAGGAUGACGAGGAUGAGAACGGUGUUGGUGGCGGUGUAGAUGAGGAUCGGGACGUACUGUCCGCGGACAGUGAUGAUCUGAUUCAAAGCGAACGCGAGUCCGGUGGAGUUGAAGCUAGCGAAGUCGUUGGAAGUAGUGCGAAGGUGACUGGUCAAAAGGUUCGCCGCCAUGGCACAGCGAAAUCCAAGGCGCGCCAGGCCCAGUGUCCGGACUGUGAGCGCCAUCGUACCGAGCAGCUAACGCGUGAAACAGACCUCAUCAAAAUGAAGCUAAACAUCAAAUAUCUUCACAAGGAGCUGCAAAACGAAAAGGAAAAGAGUACACUGCUGGCGCGCCAGCUGGAGGAAAAGCUGUCGUAUGAAAUUAUGAAGCGCAACGCGGCAGAAAACCUCGAAAUACUCAACCUCAACCGGCAGGUGGAGGACCUGGCGAAGGAAGUGCAGCGACAGGUGGACGAGCAGAAGCGCUCGAUGGAGCACGAGAUGCGGAAGCAAGGUGAUCUUGAAGCCCAAAUACGCAAGGAAAAGGACAAAAACGAUUCCCUGUUUGAAGAAUGCGAACGUUUGAAGAAAAACAUCGAAAAGCUGAAGGAGAAUAUGUCCGAGGUUGAGAUUGAGCGCGACUUUCUGAAGCGACAGCAGGAAAACUUUACCAAAAUAGUGGACGAAAACAAGCUGCUCAAGUACCAGCUGGACGAGCUGAGGAAACACAACGAGGAACUCCUGAAACAGAUCGAUACACUGAAAGAGGAGGAACUCGUUACGAAGGAAUCCCAGCAGGAAUUGCUGGAAAAGCUAAAGACGUUACAGCAGGAUAACGAUACGCUCUCGGUGAUGCUGGAAGGUUUGCGCACCGAGAACGAACUGUUGGCAGAGGAACGAACCCAGCUGGAACACAGCCUCAAGAGUUUGGAAGCCUCACCGAUCAAAGAAGUUCAUCCAGUUUCGCCGACACGCCCGUCGGUAAAUGCGUCGGUGCAGACUGAACGGGUGUAUGAAGAGAAAAGGGAUACUCAAAAUUCUCAGACCACUGAACCGAGAACAGUUAUUCUCGAAGAACCUGCACCCGUCGAACGAACAGUGCGUGAGCGGGACACGUUAACGGUGGGUCCAACACCGUUGUCCAGACGUUCGUCGGUAGCGGCACGUAUGAGUCGAGAAAGGCAUGCGUACGAGGCGGCGGACGCCGCUCAGCAGCUGUUCCGGCAGGUAAGUGUCAGCCAGAUGAUACCGAAACUGUCGCAAAUCAUGAACAAUCGUACCGAUGAACCACCGAAACCAAACAAUGUUGAGCUGCUGAUAGCGAACAGUUACCCUGAAACGUUGGAGAAAUCGUUCCGGGAGAAUGAACAAUUCUACACAAUGCAAAGUGCGGCACGACGUAGAAAUACUGACCGAGGCUCCAUAAUUUCUUCCGUAUCAGAAAAACGACGGAUCUCCUUCCGGGAUGCUGCCAGCAAGAAUGAACCAGAACUGAAAGAUGGGGAUUACUCGGUGCAAGAAAAUUAUGCCCGGCUUUUCAACAUCCAACGGCUUCCGUCGAUGUGGCACAAGAUUGCGGAGAAUCCUGUUCCCACCUCGUCCUCCAUACCAAACCAAAUUUUUAAAACCCAUCGUUCCAACGCCGAUAUGCUAACGAUUGAGAUACGAUCCGUACGGUGGAACGAAUUGGCCGUUCACCGAUUGCUAGAGGCCAACGUGUCGCUUUACUAUGUCGAGUUUUCGUUUCUCGACCUGUACGGCCAUCGUUUGGAAACACCAAAUUCGGUGGCGUUCGUUACCAGUGAGGGUGAAGUAAGGCUGGAUCAUUCGUUCAACUUUCGGGUAAAUGUCGAACUGGAUGCAAACCGGCACGCGGAACGGCGCGAGGAGUUGAAGAAAAUGCUUCGCCCGGAAGGUAACGAUGCGGUACGGUUUGUUGUUGUGAAUGAGGAUCGUACUGCGGAUGUUGCUGUGGGACACUCCAGUGAGGAUAUAGGAUACUCUUCCAUUAAACUUCGUCAUCAGUUGCAGAAAGCUUCCGCGCAGAACGAGUCGGAACUGGUUGUCGCAGCACCGAUUUAUGAUUUUGGGCACGAACACGAUGAGCUGGGUAUCCUAACGAUUAAAUUCGACAACAUCAAACUACUCUUGUCACUGAUGCAGAAUAGUUCUGUAUAA